CACCGGUGAUGUCAGGUUACUAUGGUGUCAGGAGAGCCUUCCUCUCCGACCCGGACUUUCACAACACCAAGCAGUUUGCCAACGACGCCUGCACGUCAAGCGCGGCCAAGCCCUUUGCCUGCGAGUCCUCAGUGGGGCAGGGCCACGCGGCCCUGCUGGACCCGUACUUCCCGGAGCCCUACGGGGACCACCGCCCCACGGCCCUGACCCCCAACAGCGGCACCCUGUUCAGCUCCUCGCCCCUGCCGCCGCUCCUGCCGCCGCCCUUCCCCAGCGACCCCGCACACUUCGCGCUGAGGGACUCGUGGGAGCAGACGGUGCCUGAAGGCCUCAGCCAGCCAGACCCCGUGCCGGCCGAUGCCCUGCAGAGCUUGGCACCCAGCACCGGCUCCCUCUCGCAGCUGGAGUCGGGCGGUGCGGCCCAGCACAGGAGCACCGGCUGGGGGGGCCCCCUCACCGGGGUUCAGUCCUACUCGCUGCAUGCGCUGGAGGAUUUAUACCACACGCAGGGGUACCCCACCCCGGCCCCCUACCCUUUCACCUCUUUCAUGACGAUGUCCAAUGACCCACCGCCCAAGGUGGGGCCCUUCUCCCCAGACGAGGGCACAGACACCUCUGCCCUCCAGGACACUUCUCCGUGGACCAAAGAAGACGGGAGCCUGGCGUGGGGGCCAUAUGAGUGCCGCAGAGCCUACUGAGGGCACCAGAGGACUUCUGUGCUUUAAGUCAGUUCUCUGUAUUCACAGACUCUUGUGGUGUGGCAGUUCUUUCAGAAGUGGGUUUUCAGGACAAGCCGUUGUGCCACCCUUUGUUAAUAGAUGACGGCAUUUAUUUGUGAUCCACCCACCAUAACCCCACUGAAACACACCACAAUGUGAAUUCAGUGUGCCAGGGAUAGACUGCCUGACAGUGAGGUUUUGGGGCUUAAUAACCCAUUAUGUUUUGAAUCUUCUGUUAUCUUUGAAGUGUCAUUUUAACACUGAUAGUUUUCCUUAAAUUACAUUAAAAACUUUA